AUGUCAUCGUCAUCAUCAAAAGAAAAGGAGGAGUCAUCAUCAAAGUCAAAGCGAUGGGGAGAGAAUAGAGACCACAAGAAAUACAUUGUAGCGGUCGUGAGGACUCCGCAACUAACCCCAAACAGCAACGCCCCAACCACACUCAUGAUGUCCUGGGUUAGGUAUCUGGGAGCGGGAGUAAGGGUGAUAGGUGGUGGUUGUUGCGAAAUAGAAGAGAAUUUUGCGGGCCAAGCGGAGGUCGUGACGGCGAGCAGAGAGAAAAGGAGGAGAGGGAGAAUCGAGAAGAACCCGGGCUGGCCCCGAGAACAGGCAGCAGAUAACAAACAAGAAGUAGCCUACUAUGCCAUUGGGAAGAUGUUGAAGCAACUUCAGAAAAAUGAAAAGGCAAAGUUUAUAAUAACUGGCCCCAGCUUGGGUGGUGCAUUGGCAAUUUUAUUUCCUGCAAUUUUGGCGUUCCAUAAGGAGACAUGGUUGCUAGAAAGAUUAGAGGGGAUUUAUACAUUUGGUCAGCCAAGAGUAGGAGAUGAAAAUUUUGGAGAAUUCUUGAACGAACAAUUAAGAAGAUACAACAUUGAUUAUUACAGGCUCGUUUACAGUUUUGAUUUGGUUCCUAGAUUGCCUUACGAAGAUUCCACCUUCUUGUUCAAGCAUUUGGGCACUUGCAUUUACAAUAAUAGCUUCUACCAAGGAAAAAUUGUGGCGGAAGAGCCAAACUAG